UUUAGUGUUAGGAAAAAAAUAGUAGUUUAGAUUCUGAGUACUCAGGCUAAACUCUCCGAGACCAUAAACUUUCAUGAAAUGCCAGUGACACUAGCUGCCGUCCCAUCCAUUAGCUUUGUCCCAUUUUUCCACGUCUCUUCCUUUCUCACCUGUUACUCUUUCUAAGCUACAAUGCCGCGUCGACGCCGUGGAAGAGGCAGAGGCGGUGGCGGUGGACAAGGUGGAGGAGGAAGUGGCCCGGGUGCUCCCCCUGGCUCCUCUCCACCUGCUCCACCGACCGCUUUUUUAUCGGUGGCUCCUCCAGCCACUUCUUUUCCGGCCACACCUUCAGCAGUCGCUUCUCCGGCUGGACCUCCUCCGCUAGCUCUAGCUUCACGCGAUUCUUCUGUGGCGUCGAGCUCAGCUCUGCCACUGGUUUCAGAUUCAACCUCUGUGGCUCCUCUGAGCCGUGAAAUCGACGAUAAACUUACAUUAUUGCAGGUUCCAGCGCCUCUGCAAUUUCCUUUUACCUUUCCAAAGAGGCCUGGGUACGGAACCAUCGGAAAGAGAAUCGCUGUCCGAGCAAAUCAUUUUCUUGUGGAAGUCGCGGACAGAGAUCUCCAUCACUACGCCGUUUCCAUUACACCCGCGGUUACUUCAAAGAAAAUCAACCGAGUUAUAAUUAACCAACUGGUUAACUUAUACAAAGAAUCACACUUGGGUAGCCGAAGUCCUGCAUAUGAUGGCUGGAGUAACCUCUAUACAGCAGGGCCAUUGCCGUUUAAGUCGAUGGACUUUGUUAUCAAGUUAAUUGAAAAUGAUGAUCAUCGUGCCUCAUCAUCUUGUUCAGUGAGAAAGGAAUAUCGGUUUAUAGUGACAAUCAAGUUCAUUUCUAGGGCUGACAUUCACCAUCUUCGACAGUUUUUGAGCGGUAGGCAACUGGAUGCUCCACAAGAAACCAUACAAGCUCUUAGUGUGGUUCUUAAAGCGACAUCAUCAGAGAAGUACAACGUUGUGGGGAGGUCAUUUUUCCAUCCUGAGUUGGGUCGAAUGGGUGAACUGGCCGGUAAUGGUAUAGAAUAUUGGAGAGGAUAUUAUCAGAGUCUUCGUCUAACCCAAAUGGGACUUUCCCUUUGUAUUGAUGUGUCAGUUCAGCCUUUCUAUGAACCAAUUCUUGUGAUAGAGUUUCUUGCAAAACAUUUUAAUUUCCAUUUUUCAAGCAGUAUGCCUGAUCAAGAUCGUCAGAAGGUUUCUUUUGCUACUAUAAAAUUUGGUGCUCUAUGA